AUGUCGGAUGCGGAGGAUCAAGAUGCGGUCAGUGGAGAAGCAGGAGAUGACAGUGGGGACUUGGCGGAAGGAGGAGGCGGAGGUCAGACGGGCGGGCUUUGCGGUCUCCCAGAAUUCGAGGCGGAAGAAGAUGGAGACGUGUUCGGCGGACGCGAAUCGGACCUAGAGUCGUUGUUUCGAGAGGAGGAGGACUGGCGGACCGCCGAUGACGAGCUCGACAAGGACAAAGCAAAGCUUCCAAGGCUCAUCGAUGCAGAUCCGGAUGAGCUUGAGACUGGAGUUCAGGUGUCAUUUGCUGGUGAUCUUCACCCCAGCUUCCUCCUCGGAUUUGCGGUACCCUUCAUCCCAACCUCCCCGCUCGUCGUCUCCCCAGUCGAGCUCGACAUCUCAGCCGACCACCCACUGCACAAGGAGGCAUUCGACACGGUCGCCAAGUGGUUUGCGGAAGACGACAAUCUCGGUCCCGGACCUAGAAGACAAUUCGAAAAGGUGUUCGUAUGGGCCAAAACCGCGCUCGACCUCAGCACCGGUAUCGGUCGUAUCAACCAAAUCUUCAGCCAUCUCGCUACGUCCUUCGGUCGACUUCUCGCUGGGCAGGCGGCCCAGACUGCUACGGCGGAGCUAGCUGCCACCAGCGCUGACCUUCACAAUCAGCUCGAGCAGGCGAGAAACCUCAGCGACUGUAUCCAGUUCCAGCUUGCUACCGCCCAAGAUGACCACAAGAGGGACAAGGAGGCUGCGGCAUCCGCCAUCAACGAGCGGGACGACAUACGGGGUCGACUUGCCGAGCUCGCUGCCGCCCAAAUUCAGAGGGACAAUCGUAUCAUCGACCUCUCCUCCCAACUCUCAAGUGCCAGAGGCGAGAUCGCUCUCCUCCACAAGCAGCUGGGGGAUACCAAGAUCGCCCAGCGUUGUGCCACGGACCUGGCGGUCUCAGCGGUUGACCGCGUGGAAACCCAAAUCAACGAUCUUGCCGCCGAAUCCGCACGAGCGUCUUUGGCCUCUUCUUCCGCUAUCCGCAAUGUCGACACCAUCAAGCAGCUACUGCUCGUCCUCGCUUCGGACCUCGGGGCCUCACAUGCGUCGCACACGUCACUCGAGGCAGAUUUGGGUCUCGCGCUCGGAUCGAUCCGGGGGGAGAGGGUCAAAUUGGCGGCGGAUCCUAUCGAGGCGGACGACCAGUCUUCGGCUAAUAAGAUGAAAAUCGAUGGGAUGGAAUGA